CACUGUGUUUACGGCUGUGGAUGAAGAUUGAGCUUGGAUGACAAGUACGAGCUUCUCAGAGGUAUCGCGGAGGAGUGCAUCCAAGAAGAUGAGCUCAAGAAGUUGCUGGCGAACAAGGCCGAGCCGAUCUGCUACGACGGAUUCGAACCUUCCGGUAGAAUGCACAUUGCUCAGGGAGUUUUGAAGGCAAUUAAUGUGAACAAGAUGAUUGCCAGUGGCUGCAGGGUGAAGAUUUGGAUUGCCGAUUGGUUUGCGCAGCUGAACAAUAAGAUGGGGGGCGAUUUGGAGAAGAUUGAGAUUGUCGGGAAGUAUUUUAUUGAGAUAUGGAGGUCUAUUGGGAUGGAUUUGGACAGUGGGAAGGUUGAGUUCUUGUGGUCUUCAAAGGAGAUCAAUGCCAGGUCACAUGAGUACUGGCCGCGCGUGACGGACAUUGUCACAAAGAACAAGCUUCCAAGAAUUGUUAGGUGCAGUCAAAUUAUGGGUCGAACGGAUCAAGAUGAGUUAACCUCUGCCCAGAUCUUCUACCCGAUUAUGCAAUGUGCUGAUAUUUUCUUCCUGCAGGCUGACAUCUGUCAACUGGGAAUGGAUCAACGCAAAGUGAAUGUGCUCGCAAGAGAGUACUGUGAUGACAUCAAGAAGAAAAACAAGCCUAUUAUCUUGUCACACCAUAUGUUACCUGGUUUACAGCAAGGGCAAGAGAAAAUGUCAAAAAGUAAUAGGUCCUCAUCAAUAUUUAUGGAAGAUGAAGAGGUGGAAGUGAAUACCAAGAUUGAGAACGCUUACUGCCCUCCAGAAAAGGUUGAAGGAAAUCCCUGUUUGGAAUACGUACAGUACCUUAUUUUACCUUGGUUUCAUGAAUUUACUGUAGAGUGCAGCGAGAAGAACGGUGGGAAUAUGACUUUCACAGAUUUUAAAGACUUGAGUGCUGCUUAUGCUAAAGGUGAGGUGUGUCCUGGCGACCUCAAACCAUCUUUAGCAAAAGCAUUGAAUAAGAUACUGGAGCCUGUACGAUCCCAUUUCAAGAACAAUGAAGCUGCCAAACAGAUAUUACAAAGUGUAAAGAUGGCUAUCAAAGCACCAGAGCAACUCGUUGCCGAUGAAGUCAAAGAGAUGUCAAUCGCCGAUGAAGUCAAAUCAGUGCCGGUCGUUGACUCUCAGCUAGCAAGCUGUUCCUCUCAAUCUAUUCUAUUGAGCUUGGAUGAGAGGUACAAGCUUCUCAGAGGCAUCGCGGAGGAGUGUAUCCAAGAUGAUGAGCUAAAGAACUUGCUGGCGAACAAGGCCGAGCCGAUCUGCUAUGAUGGCUUUGAACCCUCCGGAAGGAUGCAUAUUGCUCAGGGAAUUUUGAAGGCAAUUAAUGUGAACAAGAUGACUACCAGUGGCUGCAGAGUGAAGAUUUGGAUUGCCGACUGGUUUGCGCAGCUAAACAAUAAGAUGGGGGGUGAUUUGAAGAAGAUUGAGACUGUGGGGAAGUACUUCAUUGAGAUUUGGAGGUCGGUGGGGAUGAAUCUGAACAGUGGGAAGGUUGAGUUUUUGUGGUCUGCGAAGGAGAUCAACGCCAGGUCACAUGAGUACUGGCCGUGUGUGAUGGAUAUUGCCAUGAAGAACAAACUUCCGAGGAUAAUUAGGUGUAGUGAAAUUAUGGGUCGAACUGAUCAAGAGGAGUUAGCCGCCCAGAUUUUCUACCCGUGUAUGCAAUGUGCAGAUAUUUUCUUACUGGAGGCUGACAUCUGUCAAAUGGGAAUGGAUCAACGUGAAGUGAAUAUACUCGCACGAGAGUACUGUGAUGACAUAAAGAAAAAAAACAAGCCUAUUAUCUUGUCACACCAUAUGCUUCCUGGUUUACAGCAAGGGCAGGAGAAAAUGUCAACAAGUGAUCCGUCGUCAUCGAUAUUUAUGGACGAUGAAGAGGCGAUAGUGAAUACCAAGAUUAAGAAAGCUUACUGCCCUCCAAAAGAGGUUGAAGGAAAUCCCUGUUUGGAAUACUUAAAGUACCUUAUUUUCCCUUGGUUUCAUGAGUUCACUGUAGAGCGCAGCGAGAAGAACGGUGGAAAUAAGAAUUUCACAGAUUUUGAAGACUUGAGUGUUGCUUAUGCAAAAGGUGAUGUGCAUCCUGGCGACCUCAAACCAUCUUUGGCAAAAGCAUUGAAUCAGAUACUGGAGCCUGUACGAUCUCAUUUCAAAAAUGACAAAGCGGCCAAACAGCUAUUACAAAGUGUAAAGAAUUAUAAAGUCACCAGAUGAUGACAGUAAUGGAGCUAGGACUUCUCACAUUUGCCCCUACAAGAGCAAUUGUGGGUUGAAAAGGCACAUUUCCUCAGAAUCGGGGGAUUCCUUCCUCUAUGCUCAUCUCAAAGCCUCUUUUUGUUCAGGAUUAUUGACAUUGUAGGGAAUUUACUCAGAGAUUAGCAUAUUGAUUUCCUGGUGUUUUUAUAAUACAUUUACCAUUUCUAUGGUGAACAAUUUACCUGUUAACGGAAUCUCAGAUAUCGAACAAAUCUUUUGUUCCAAAUAGUUAGUGUCCAACGCUGGCCAUUGUGUAAGCAAAUCUUAGCGUCCAACUAUGAUCUGCGAUGUUCAGUUCUCCUGUCUUUUGAGGAUUC